AUGACAUCAACGAAACCAUCUUGCUCACUCUGUGAUGUCUCCUUCGACAACAGUCAAGAGCAUCGAGUGCAUGCAAAGAGUGAGGCUCAUGUCCAAGCUUUGAGGAAUCGUGCGGCUGCUUCAGGUCUAAUUGAGCAACCAACUGAGGACAGCGAUACAUUUUCGCAUACAAGCAGCGACCCAGAAGAUGAGCUCUCAACUAGCGACGAUAAAGAUGGAGACGAAACUUCGAGCAGUGCGAUCCCUGAAUUUGACCCCACAAAAUGCAUCAUCUGCACGCACAGCGACGAAACCUUUGAUAAGACCCUUAUUCACAUGGAAACAGCUCACGGUCUACGGAUACCGUUCCGAGACCAUUUAAUCGUCGACUUGGAGACAGUGAUAUGGUAUCUCUACUUCCUAGUGGCUACAUAUCGCGAGUGCAUCUACUGCGGUACGCGGAGACGAACAGUAGAGGGAAUCCAGCAACAUAUGAGAGACAAAAGCCACUGCAGGGUUGAGUUGACAGACGAGAUGCAGGAGUUUUAUGACCUCGAGGGUCUGAAGGCUCAUGGUCGAGAGAACGCUGUUUCAGUUGAUAACGAGAGUCUUCGGCUAUCAUCUGGCAAGAUCCUUUCACAUCGCGAUGCUCCCGUCGCAAAACUACGUCGAACAUCGCCGCAGGAAGACACUGAGGAGAAGAGGGCACCUCUUCCCAGCCACGCAGCCUCUGAUGCUCUUACAGCCAGGGAUAAGAAAGACGCCGCUCUUGCGUCUCAGUUAGCGCGGCUUAGUGUCAAAGAUCAGCAGAGUCUGAUUCAUCUGACAUCAUCGGAACAAAGGAGUUUUCUGCUGCAGAGAAAGAAAGAGUUGGAUGCAGUUCGUCGGGAGGAAAGGAAGAUGAGGUUGAAGACGGAGAGAUUGAGUAACAGGACUAUGAUGACGCAUUUUAAGAAUGAUGUUCCCGGGAGGAGUAACGGAUGA